ACUGGGAGGAACCAGGGCAUGAAACACAAGAAACUAAACCUCAACUCAUGACAACUGUGUCCGUCAAGGUUUCAAUCAUAUGUUAUGAUGGUGUCAGUUGUCUCUUCUUCACGAGUACAAUGGCAGCUCCGAGCCUGCUCCUCACUGUAACCGUGUGGCUCCUCUCUGAGAGCCUCUUAACGGAGGCAACUUACUACCGGCACCACCGAUACGUCCCCCACUUCUACCGGUACCGGGAGCACUCUGCCAACGCGGAAAACCUCCUCCCUGAGAUCUCCAACCCGGCGCCUGCAGUCACGCAACCCCGCGUCCCGACCUACCCAGAGAUCCCCGAGGUGUUCCAUCCGGUGCCUGAGGUCAUCCAUCCCAUCCCGGAGGCUUUCAACCCGGUGCCUGAAGUGGUGUACCCAGCACCUGAGCCCUUCCACCGGCCCCUGGUUCACGAGCCGGAGCCUGAAGCCUCAUCCCCCGUCAACGUGAGCCGGGUUUUCUUCGGGAUCAUGUUUGACGCAGGGAGCACAGGCAGCAGGAUCCACAUCUACAAGUUCAUCCAGAAAGAUCCGGUCGAGCUGCCAGUUCUGGAUAAUGAAAUGUACCACGCAGUGAAGCCUGGACUCUCCGCUUAUAAGGACAACCCUGAGGAGGGCGGCAACACCAUCCGACAGCUGCUUAAGAUCGCAAAGAAGACAGUGCCAGAGGAUUACUGGAAGAGGACCCCAGUGGUCCUGAAGGCCACAGCAGGUCUGCGUAUGCUGCCCGAAGACAGAGCCAUUGCUAUUCUGAAGGAGGUGAGAGACGUGUUUGAUGAGUCCCCUUUCUUUGUGCCAAACAACAGUGUUUCCAUCAUGAAUGGAACAAAUGAAGGAGUCCUCGCUUGGGUCACAGUGAACUUCCUUACAGGUCACUUGUACUCCAACACAAGGAGGACAGUGGGCAUCCUGGAUUUGGGUGGAGGGUCUACACAGAUCACUUUUCUUCCCAAGUCAAAGAAAACAGUGGAUUCUGCUCCCCCGACUUACAUUGCCAAUUUCAACCUCUUUCAAAAUACAUAUCAGCUCUACACACACAGCUACCUUGGAAAUGGCCUGUAUGCAGCUCGACUUGCAACACUUGGAGCACUGGGAUCUGAUGGUCUUGAAUGGAAGAUUUUCACAAGUUCCUGCCUCCCGAAGAAGUUCAGACAAGAUGUGACUUUUGGAGGAGACACCUACAAAGUUAGCGGGAUUCCAGACGGCUAUGCAGGCUAUAAGCUGUGCUACUAUGAAGUCAUGAGGGUGAUCAAAGGAAUAGUGCACCAGCCGUAUGAAGUGAAAGGCAGCAGCGUCUUCUACGCCUUCUCCUACUACUUCGACCGAGCUGUGGAUUCUGGCCUCAUAGAUGAGAGCCGAGGUGGUGCAAUUGAAGUCAGGGAUUUUAAGAAGAAAGCCAAGGAAGUGUGCAACAAAAUGACCAAAUACCGUGCAGUCAGCCCCUUCCUCUGCAUGGAUAUGACAUAUAUCACUUGUCUGCUAAAAGAGGGCUUUGGCUUUAAAGACAGCACUGUGCUGCAGCUGGCCAAAAAAGUAAACAAUGUGGAGACGAGCUGGGCCCUGGGAGCAACCUUUGACUACUUCAGAAACCUCAACAUCCACUAAGGACAGCUCGCUGUCGCUGCAGCCGGCACUGAGAGGGACAGUCUGUCACUGUGGGGGCUACCCGUCCUCCACCCACCCUCAAUCAGCCUGUCACCCUCACAGACACACCUGGUCCCCCCUUCCUCUUUCCUCAACCUCAGCACCCUAGAACUGUUGAAAAAAAGAAAUCACUAUAUUUUUAUAAGGCCAGCUAUUUCUACUGUAUGUUGAGCCCAUAACUGGUGGGCUGACUUUAUUUUUUUCUGUAAAAAAGGGUUUACAUUUUUUAUUCCUUAUGGGUGUCUGAUCAGUCGUGAGAUCUUUCUCACUUAAAGCGUGUAGAGGGUAGUUUAGAAGCGAUACAACCAGUCAUGGUAUUUUGGUGCUUACUGUGGUCCUGGUGUGCACUGUGCAGAGCAGUGGAAUGAUUUAGAGACUGGUUGCUGGAAGUGCAACUAUAGUUUACUCUGUAAAUGCUUACAAAUCAAUUUCUUUUUAUACUCACUGUAAAGGAUUUUACAGAACCCUAACUCAUAUUCCCUAAACCUUAGACACUUUUUGGAAAUCGAGCAGAUUACAACCGUACAACUUCUUUGACCUUCGCACAUUACACUUUAAUCGCAGAUAUUGUAGCUACAACAUGAUCAGUUGUUUUGAUGUCGACCAAAAAGUUGUACAUAUUUAUAAAGAGAAAAGUGGAAAGUGAGAACUGUGGAGAGCAGCCUCUCACAGACUGUGUUUUACAUGUAUGGGAGUAAUGCCUGUAUUUUACACUUCGGCCAUUAUUUCUUGUUGUGUCUACAGAAGAAAGGACCUUAUCAGGCAUGGCUUAAUUGCAGGGGACUCAGUCCUGAGCUGUAUUUUAGACUAGCAGAAGGGAAACCUCUCAUCAAGGGUAGAUAAAGCAUCCAACAACAUAAUUCACAGCCAUUAAACGCAGCAAAAAUGAAAACAGAAAUUAUGUAAAAAGCUUGAAACCCACAACACUUUUAUUCAUUGCUAGUUGCUCAAAAACAUUAGUUAUAUUAAAUUCUGUGUGAUUUGUCUUAUGAAAUGUACAAAUAUUUAUAUAACUGAAAGUUUUUCUAAUGUAGAAUAUUUGAAUUAUCCUCACUAAAAUAACUCUUCAUAUUUUCCUCUGUAAGCCUUGCCUUUGCUGUUUUUCAUUUAUUACAUGUUCAAUAACUACUGCUGUGUAUAUACAUAAUGUCAACUUUUAUUAGCAAAGUAUUUUGGACAAAAACUGCUUUUUGCUUUGCGAAAGCUUUGUGCUGCACAUUUGCUCAGAAAUGCCUCUAUGUGCAUCAGGAUGACUAACCUGGUGACUGACAAUAUGUAAAUUGUUUUUACUAAUUCCAGUGAAAUGUGUGUCUACAUGUAUGUUUUAAUAAAAUAUG